GAGAGUGAAAGCAACAGGAGCUCUUUCCAAUCCCAUUCUCUGAUGAGUUCUCUAGCUGAAUCCCUCUCCUUACUCUGUGACUGAACUCUUCGGACCUCUUUCCCUGCUCCGUCUCCUGAAGGCAGUUAGUGGGGGAAGCCAUCUGGCAGGACCGUGCACCUCACCAACAGCAAAGAGAAAAAUAAGCCAUUUGGAUUCCCCAGCUUGUUUUUUGUUUUUUUUUGGUACGAACAAGUUUAAAGUUAUUUUUAAAAUGUUGCUCUGAAGGGCGUUCCAGUGGGACCAGUGAGCUCCAGGGAGAGGAGCUGCCAGGCGGCUCCGAUUACAGCUGUCUCUGUAAUUUUUAUAUGACAAUACGUUUGUAAAGCAGGACGGCUGGGAGGGUGGGGAAAGGGGAAGGAUGAGCAGAAACAGCUCCCCUUGGGACCAGCUACUUUUUCAGCCCCCUUUAUGCGAGGGCUGGAAGCAGAAUGUUGAGGGAGCAGCCUAUCACCUGGGCAAUUGCAUCCUCCUCCUAGGCUACAUGGGGGGAAGUGGGAUCUUUGGCUCCAUCUAUAUCUUCAGCCUUCUGGCCACUGGCUACAUCUGCUAUGCUCUGUGGGGCUGGCUGAAUGCCUGUGGACUAGACAUCUUCAUCUGGAAUAUGCUGCUGGUCAUGGCCUGCAUACUUCAGCUGGCUCACCUGAUAUACCGGCUCCACAAGCACACCUUCUUGGAAGAGUUUGACCUCCUCUACAAGACCCUCUGCCAGCCCUUGCAGGUGCCCUUUGAGGUCUACAAAGAGAUUGUGAAAUGCUGCGAAGAGAAGGUCCUGUCACUGGCCAGAGACCAGAACUACGCUGUGGAGGGCAAGACGCCCAUCAACCGCCUGUCUCUGCUGCUCUCUGGCAGGGUCAGAGUGAGCCAGGAUGGACAGUUCCUGCACUAUGUCUUCCCCUACCAGUUCCUGGACUCCCCAGAGUGGGAGUCACUGCGACCUUCCGAGGAGGGAACGUUCCAGGUCACGUUGACAGCAGAGACGGACUGCAGUUAUAUCACCUGGCCAAGGAGGAAGCUCUACCUCCUCUUGGCAAAAGAUCGCUACAUCGCCCGCCUCUUCUCGGCCUUCCUCGGCUACGACAUCUCGGAGAAAUUGUACGCCCUCAACGAUAAGCUCUUCGCUAAGUUCGGCCUGCGCUUUGACAUCCGCUUACCCAGCCUCCACCACGUCCUGGGACCCGCCUCCUCAGAGGCUGAGGCCGAGAAGGAGCUGUAUGAGUGGGAGGAGCUGGCCGUGCCCCAUCGUCCGAUGCCUACCUUUGUCCAGACAGCUGCCUCAGCCCCUCCUCCUCCUCCUUCUGCCCACCCCAAGGCUCCCCGGCCUGACAGUGCCCUGCUGGGUGAGGACUCUACCAGUCUUGUGUUGGAAGAUUUUGCUGAGUUGUCAGGGUCUUUUAUGGACUAUGUAAGCGAAGGGGACCUUACCCGGAGUUACCCCUGUGCCCUCUUCAAAGGACGAGCCCCUCUGGCUCCCACCCAGACCCCAGAACUCUAGGGCACAACAGUUGGUUUUGAUCAGGAAGACCCACGCAUGAGUGUAUGCUCACACACCUCUAACCAGAAAGACACUCAUUAACAUGCACCUACAUGUCCACACAACACUCCUGCAAGCACAUGAAGUAUCUGCAUGAGACUGAAGUGUGAUGGCUGGACACCUUCCACACCACAUUCUGUUCACCUGCAGUGGCACAAGGGAUGUCUGGGUGUUCCUUUUUGUAUUCUGGUCUUUCACCCCCAUGAUCUGUUAACAGCUCUGUUAUUAGUUCCAUUAAAUGUGUUGGAAACACAGCAGUAUUAGCCUGUCCAGGGAGUCUUUUGAUUUGAGGACACCAGUUAAAGAGCGUGUUGAUUCACUAGGGUUCAGUGACUUGGAGGGGAGACGCUGAUGUUCAGAGGAUUUCACAUGAGCUCUAGAAGUAGGAAAAUGGGACUAUAGAAAGACUAAGAAUUUUAGUAUUUAUGUAUAUUGGGAGGUGGGGUGGAGUGAGGUAUGGGACUUGUGCUAGUGAUAUACAUGGCAUCCAUUCCUAUCAGGCUUAAAAUUCCAUGUCCAGGAUUUAACGCUUUUCAUUUAUGAUAACAGCAGCUAAGUAAUGAAGUACGUACCAGUUUCUGAUGUUGGGAAAAGAUUCCCUAGGUCUUUUGGUCAAUCCACUUGAAAUAAGGAGGAUGAGAAGAACCAGGACUGAAUUUCUGUGCCCUCUUGGGAUGGAUUCUGGGUCUAGCCCUGGUAAGGGGAUGGACUUAACCUAGAUUUCUGUGUCCCUCUGGAAGGGAAUAUGGGUACAUGUCUUUGGAAGGAGAAGAAACUGAACUGGAUUUUUCUGGACUCUGGGUGUCUCCACUGAGAGGGAAAUGAAGUGAAGG